GUGUGGGAAGACUAAGCAGAAAAAGGCGUCUGUACCGGUGCUUCCUGUUAGGUCUGACAACUUCCGGGACGCCAGGUUACAACAUCAGCUGUUGAGGCCAAGAUGGCGCAAAGCCUGGCAGACUUGGAGGUUCCCCUGGAUGCUGACCAAGCUGGGGACCAAGGGAAAUGUGUUUUGAGGCGUUGCAGAGGACGGCCCAGGCUCACAGACUCGGACCGAGCUCAGAGGCGGCUUGAAUCCCGAAAAAAGUACGAUGUGAGGAGGGUGUACCUGGGAGAGUCGCACAAGCUGUGGAGUGAGCUCCGCAGGCGGACCAGUCUGAGUGAUGCUGGACUGGCAGAGUACCUGAUCCUGCUCAACUCCACCUAUGGAGAGAAAUACCAGCAGAAAUACUGCGGGAAGAAGAUGUCUCCAGAAGUCUCUGUAAAACAGAAAAAAGGCAGGAAGGAGCGUGUGUCCAGCCUCCAGAGCCUGGUGUGCUGGUACCAGGAGCACUCCCGCUCCUGCCCUCAUGAGCCCCAGCUCAGAGCCCUGGAGCCCCAGCCCAACUUCUCUACCACUGCUAUCUGGCAGUGUGACUCUAACCACUCAUUUGUGCAGUACCUUUUCUCACCACCGAGGGAGGCAAGUGACUCUGAACAUGAAGAGGAAGUGAACAGAGAAGGGGACGGAGAGAGUGCAGCACAAACAGACGUGCUCAUGGCUAAAGGUGUAGUGAGCAGGAAGAGGAGAAAGGAGGCUCACAAACAGUUCAAAGAUGCAGGAGAAAGUGUCGAUGUUUCCGAGGUACAACAUUCAACCAUUAGCCCAGUAGAACAGACUGCACCUCUGAACCACCAGCCCAGUAUAGAGGCCUCUUCCAAGGAUGUUCCCCUGACAGGACAGCCUGUCUGGGAGAUGGAGAUGGUCAUGGAGGGACAGCAAGGCUCCCCCGCAGCAGCAUUUCACACCCUCCCCUCAGAGGAGGAGGCUGAGGAUCUGAGGCGAGGCAGAGACGGAGGAGAAGAGGAGAUCAGGACUGUAUCGCACGGGUACGAGUGUGUUACCGUGACGGCGUCCUCAGCAGAUAAACUGGAGAAGACGUGCGGGGACUCGGUGCUGUCACAGAGCUUUAGUGGCUCAGUCCAACUGGGAGCUCAGGCGGAGCUGUCAGUCCCGCCGCCCAUGCAAGUACAAGAGCAGAGCGAGCUGUUUGACCCUCACACUCUGCAGACGGUGGUGACCAGCUGUGGGAUUCCUGACCAGAGGAGCACUUUGGAAGGCUCACAGUUAAUUAUCAUCACUGGCCCCAGCUAUGAGGCCCUGGCAUCGGAGGGCAUCCAGCUCAACAUGGGCGGCGGAAACGUGGAGGAAGUCACCUGCACUGUCAUCGGGGGUGUCACCUACAACCAGGUUUGCACGUCUGACUCAAAACUCCGACCAGCAGAGGAUGAAGACUCCAUGACAGGUCUGAGUGAUAAACAGCUGCUGCAGCCUACUGUUGACGCUUUGGAGCUGAGUAGUGACAGAGAGCUGCAGCGGAGUCUGAGCAGCGUCAGGUCAAAGAGAAACAGGCGAGGCCCCGUCAUAGAGGCAGAUGGGAUGCUCAAGAUGUUCCACUGUCCGUAUGAGGGCUGCAGUCAGGUCUACGUAGCUAUUAGCAGCUUUCAGAAUCACGUCAACCUAGUUCACAGGAAAGGGAGGACCAAGGUCUGCCCCCAUCCAGGCUGUGGGAAAAAGUUCUACCUGUCAAACCACCUGCAUCGACAUAUGAUCAUCCAUUCAGGGGUCAGAGAUUUCAUCUGUGAGACAUGUGGAAAAUCAUUUAAGCGUAAGAAUCACCUGGAGGUUCACAGGCGGACCCACACAGGAGAAACACCACUCCAAUGUGAAAUCUGUGGCUACCAGUGUCGCCAGCGUGCGUCCCUGAACUGGCACAUGAAGAAACACACUACAGAGGCCCACUACAACUUCACCUGUGAAUUCUGUGAGAAGAGGUUCGAGAAGCUGGACAGCGUUAAAUUCCAUAAGCUAAAGAGCCACCCGGACAAGCAAGCGACCUGAGGAGUUCAGACACUGGUGAUAGGAGCUAAACAAGACAAAAAGACAGGUUGGCCCCCGGAAACCAAAGGGAGACUUCCAGUGAAGAGACGGACUUUCCUUUGCUGUGUUUGUCUUGUCUGUCAUGUCCAGGAUGAUAUGAACGUCACCUGUGAACACAUAAGCAGUGGUUUAAGAUAAAAGUGGGCCUGUCUAACCGCUGUGCAGGACACACACUGUUGCAAAGUACAGGGCCCAAACAUGGGUUUUGAACUUAUUUGGUACAGUGGGGGGGGGGGCAAAUGCAGUGUUUAGUAAUGAUGUACAAUUGACCAUUCGCUUAGUCCCUCCCCCAAAAAGCUCAUAGUUUAACAACCAUGACAGUUUGGUCCGACAUAUUGAAGCGGUGUGCAUGGCUAUAGUAAGAAAGAUAACUCCAUAUAUAAAGAUUUUGGCUGAUGGUUUCAUGCUUUUUUGUAACUCCAAAAUCACAAGAGCAGAAGUGUAAAAGAAAAUGGUUGGAAGUAAAUGGAUUAAAGCAUGUUUAUCUGCUCUAAGAGAAGCUCCAAACGUUAGCAUGGCUGGCUGACUAGCUUACUACCUACAAUAGCAACUCGUUGUUACUUCCAAUGGCAGAAGCAUUUCAUACUACAUUAUUUAUGUUGUUAUAGGCUACAUUACAUGGAGCCUGUCUGGGAUGCUACUAUAUCAGACGCUAACAGCUAAUGUUAUUUGGGAAAGGAACCCCAGCUAAACUUGUUAUCCGAGAUAGUGUUAACCUUCACCAAAACACAUUGGUCAGUUCUUAUCCUAAAUGCCUUUUCUCUUGUAAUGUUAAACGUAAAACAUACUGUUUUUAAAAUAUGAAUGCGAACAAUGUAAUCAUACAUUUUUCUCUAUCAUACUUAAAAUACUAGUAUCUUAAUAACUAGCUCUUAGUACAAGCUCUCAACUCAUGUAGCUUACGUUAGCUUAAUUAGCUAGCUAGUUACAGCUGAUAAAAUCUACCAGCAGCAGUUAUAAUUUCAGUGGCAAAAUUGACGGUAGUCGGCUAAAAAUGAGGGGCUGCUUUUUUUUCUACCUCUGUCUGAAAUCAAGAACAAAGAAUUUUGAGUGGUAAAUCAGCCACCAUUACCGCUGUAAAGCGCAUGUACACCGGCGUACCAACAAUAUCUGGGGAGGGGCAAAUGGUCAAUUAAAGGUUUGAUAUAAAAUAUUAGGCAAACAUUUAUGUAGGCUUUGGAAAGUGUUCUGCAGUGAUAAGGGGCACAUCAUUUGUAUUAAAUGGGUUAAAACACUGGAAUGGGCCGUUAAAAAUUAAAGGUGGGGUAGGCGAUUCUAAUCCAAAAUACUGUAAAUGGGAAAUAAACAAAGUGGCUAUUCCAGCCAUGAUUUUUUUGUCAGGUAAUAUUUAAUGACUCGCCCACAGACAUUCAGCUUACUUCCCUGUUUGCCAACAGGAGGAGCAGGUGUAACAUUACUGGCUCUGGGAUCGUCUCGCCCUCUCAUGUUAACUUCAUGUUGGCAGCUAUGGUUGGCAGCAGCAACUGUAACAACAGUAUGCUAACCCACAACUAAGUAAACUGUAAUUACUUUACUCGCUCUGUCAUGGUGUUGGAUUUCUCCAGAAUUUCUUACUCCACCUUUAAGAAUCAUUUAAAUAUAAUCGCUUGGUCAAAUAAACCAAAAAGACAAAUUACUGUUAAUACCAGUGUGGUGGUUAAGAUAUCAUGACAUAUGUGGGUGUUAAAUGUACAUGAAAUUAAGGCUGUAUAAUUGACAUGAGGUUUGAGCGUUGUGGGUUGCACUUCACUGCCUGUACUGACACAAAUAUAGGUUCUUCCAUUUCAGUCAUUCAAAAAUUGGCCAUCUGUGGUGUGGGCCAGGAGAGCAGUGUUUAUCUUUCAUUUUCCUAUUAUCUAUUUUCACCGUCCCAGUGUCCAGACUCACAGGCACCGACGAGAAAUUCUGUGAGUUUAAUGUGAAUAUUUCUCAGGAAAUUCAGCUCAGUUCUCUUGUGUUCCAUCUGUAUUUUAGUUUCUAAGCAAAUGCACUUUUUUCUCUCCUGUCAAUUUUGUUAACUGAUGAAUCACUAAAAUAUGUGAGUAUGA